AUGUCGAGUCGUCCUACCGUCGGCAUCCUGGGCGCAGAUGGCUCCAGCAGCGGUGAAACGCACCCCCUGCCCGCCGUCUUCAACGCACCCAUCCGACCUGAUAUCGUGCAGUCCGUCCACACCGGCAUUGCCAAGAACAAGAGACAGCCAUACGCAGUGAGCGAGAAGGCCGGCGAGCAGACUUCAGCCGAGUCAUGGGGAACAGGCCGAGCUGUCGCACGUAUCCCUCGUGUCUCGGGCGGUGGUACACACAGAGCUGGACAAGCAGCGUUCGGUAACCAGUGCCGAUCUGGUCGUAUGUUCGCACCCACCAAGGUCUGGAGGAAGUGGCAUCAGAAGAUCAACCUGGGUCAGAAGCGAUUCGCAACCGUUUCCGCCGUCGCAGCCAGUUCCGUGCCGGCCCUCCUGUUGGCUCGCGGCCAUCGCAUCUCGACCGCCCCUGAAGUUCCUCUGGUGGUGUCGAGCAAGGCCUUCGAAGGCACCGCGCUGGUCAAGACAUCUGCCGCCGUUUCUCUGCUGAAGGCAGUGGGCGCCGGCCCUGACGUGGUCAAGGUGCAGAAGUCGCGGAAACUGCGCGCCGGCAAGGGCAAGCUGCGAAACCGCCGAUAUCGCCAACGCCGCGGCCCGUUGGUGGUGUACAACCCCGAGACCGACGGCAAGGAUCUGGUGCGCGCAUUCCGCAACAUCCCCGGCGUCGAGACCUCGUCCGUCUUCGCGCUGAACCUGUUGCAGCUGGCGCCCGGCGGCCACCUGGGACGCUUCAUCAUCUGGACAUCGUCGGCCUUUGCCGCGCUCGACACCAUCUACGGCUCGACCACCGAGACGUCCGGGCUGAAGAAGGACUUCUUGCUCCCGUCCAACCUGGUCAGCAACGCCGACAUCACCCGCCUGAUCAACAGCUCCGAAGUCCAGUCCGUGCUCAAGGAGCCCAAGGGCUACGCCGUCACCAAGCGCACCGCCGUGCUGAAGAAGAACCCGCUGCGCAACAGACAGGUCCUUCUCCGCCUCAACCCCUACGUGUCCGCAUACUCCAAGGAGAAGCUGGGUCAGCAGGCCGUGGAAAAAUCCAAGCCUGAGCGCGUCGGCGACAAGUUCACCGACGUCUUGCAUGAGAACUAG